AUGUUACGAUUAAAGCUGUACUGCUGCUGUGUUGUCCCGAUUCAUGGCGGCAGUGAACAGACAAAGUCCGUAGCCACCACCACUCUCAGUCUCAGGCUCAGCUCAGUAUUUGUUACCAAGAAAAGUCGUAAUACUAAUUCAUUUGUUGUUGGGGCAUUGAAUGACGAGAUGGGCGGCGGCGGCGGCGGCGGCGGAGGUGCACCGGGUCAGAGUUGGGAUCCCGGCUUGGAAUUUCAAGUACCCUUUGAUCAAAGACCAGUGAAUGAAUAUUCAUCCCUAAAAGAUGAGACUCUGUACUCAUGGGCGGACUUGGGCCCUGCGUCGUUUUUCCUUCGGCUCGGCGGACUUUGGUUGGCCACUUUCACGGCCCUUGGAGUGCCGAUUGCGGCGGCGAGCUUCAGCCCUUCUAAGGAUCCAUUGCGCUUCGCCCUAGCUGCCGGAACGGGAACUCUUUUCCUUGUUUCGUUGAUUGUGCUAAGGAUUUAUCUGGGAUGGAGUUAUGUUGGUGACCGGCUUUUGUCGGCAGUUGUCCCGUACGAAGAGAGCGGGUGGUAUGAUGGCCAGAUGUGGGUAAAACCACCUGAGAUCCUUGCUCGUGAUCGUUUGUUGGGGUCAUAUAAGGUAAAACCAGUGAUCAAGUUGCUAAAACAGACCCUGGUCGGGACAGGAGCCCUGCUCGUUGCAGCUGUUUCAUUGUUUAUUUUUGCAACACCUGUUGAGGAAUUUUUUCAAAGGGCCUCUGUACAGAAAGGGAACAUCUCCCAAACGUCAGCUUCGAAGAUCACAAUAAGGAAGGAGGAAUUGUUGAGAUUGCCAGUGGAGGUGAUUUCAAAUGACGAUUUAGCAGCGGCAGCUGCUGAGGCUGCUGACGGGAGGCCUGUGUACUGCAGGGACAGGUUCUACCGCGCCUUAGCUGGGGGACAAUAUUGCAAGUGGGAAGAUCUACUUGAGUGA